GACUUCACCUUUAUAAGUUGACAUUCUAUCUUUAGUAAGGGAAUGACUUAGAGAUAAUAAACUAGUACUCAAACCAUAUCAACAUGUCAUGAUGAUCAUCAAUGAAUAAUCAACUAUACAGACAAACAGAUCAUGAUGCGGUAAGCCCGCCUGGUUUGAAUUCGGACUUAGCGUUUGAACACAAGACGCGUGCUGUGUAGAGCGUGCGGAUGAUUCGGCAUAAUGGAAAAGAUGGUAAUGACUCGAUCAGAAGAUUGUGUUUGACUCAUAUAAAAAUAUAUUCACAGCAUACAUCAAACCUUCACCUUUGCUCACCAUCUUCACCUCGCAAACAAGAUGAGUGUACCGGAAGAACAACCGGUAGGACCAUUAGUAGAAUCAAAGACGGUAGGAAAGGCACCAGAAAGAAUCGAAGGAAGAUAUGUUACCUUAGAGCAUUUAUCCGAGAAAUAUGUUGGACCAAUUUGGCAAAAGAUCAAGAAUGAUCCUCAAUUAUGGACUUACAUGUUAGAAGGACCAUUUGCGGAUCAAUCUGCAUUCCUAGAAGCAAUGAAAAAGAAAUGGGCAACUGAUGAUCCAUACACGUAUGCGAUCAUUGAUGUAAAAACAGGUGAGGCAUUGGGAUAUUUGGCAUUGAUGCGUUGGGAUAAACCUCAUCGAGCAAUCGAGAUUGGACAUGUGAUGUUUUCAAAAUCAAUUCAACGAACAAAAGGUGCAACAGAAGCAUUUUAUCUUGCAAUGACUGCCGUUUUUGGUGAUUCACUCAAUACACGUAGAUUGGAAUGGAAGUGUAACGCCCUUAAUGCACCUUCCAAAAGGGCAGCUGAACGAUUAGGAUACACGUUUGAAGGUGUUUUUAGAAAUCAUUAUAUCGUCAAAGGAAGAAGUCGUGAUUCGGCUUGGUUUAGUAUCUUGGAGACGGAAUGGCCUGUAAUUCAAAAAGCAUUUCAACAAUGGCUACAUCCUGACAAUUUCGAUCAAAAUGGUCAACAGAAACGAGGUCUCGUGGAUAUCCGUCAGACUUUAGUUGGAGAGCAGAAAUAAGAUUUGCAAUGUACUUUGUUGUAUG